AUUUGUUGUCGCGGUCUCCAAAACCAUACUCCAGGGCGUUUAUGCAUUGGCGCCUAUCAUAUCGGUAUAGCUCCGUUAUCGUCAUUACGACCUCUGAAUGAACGCAGACACUGUACUUUCAAAGUACCUUCAAUUGCAUAAUGCAGUGUAACGUGUCCAGCUAGUGGCACGGAAAGGCUGCGGUUGCCCAUGGCACGCGCGCGCCACAGCCGCAACUCCAAUCCGAAAAGAGCCUACAGGCAUGGCGCGGCUCGCCCAUAAUCACCCAUAAGCUCACAGCUUUUAUCAAUGGCACCAUCUACCAUCCGCCAUCCGCCAUCCAUCAUCAUCCAUUAAGGCAUCAGAAGUGCUAAGCCAAUGACUGCUCCUGGGCCCUGCGCCCUGGGACUUGUUCCCUGGGGCUUACUUUACUGGCCAAAUCGCGGCAUUCUUUGUCACCGACAAAUCAUAUAUGUAUGCGAAACGGUGCCAUCAGCAAGCCAACUUUUAGGCAUGUGGAUGCGGUUGGCUUUAAGAGCGGAGAGCCCCCACAAAGAGCACUCGCCACUGCUCUCUCUCUCUCUCUCUCGCCGUUGCCACAUUCUCUCUCUCGGUGCUUUGCAGCUACCAACUGGAUGGUCUGCUCGGCGGAGGAUGCCACUGCCUGCGACAAGCAACAAUUUUCAUUGAUAAAAACGCCAGCUGCUGGAUCCUGUGGCUCAGUCGUACGCGAGCCUUCAGUCAGUCCGUGCCGGAUUGGCGAAAGUCCUUUGGGAGUCUGACGAGUCGGUCUUUUCGGUGGAUCUCCUUUUUCCGUGUGAGGGUCCCAGACUUAAUUAAAACUCGCGUACACGCCGCGUGUCAACAAGUUUAUUUCCUGCAUAAGCAGCUCAGAGCGGCUUACGAAGACAUCAAACAAACGGCUUAAGGCCUUUAAAAAAAUCACCAUUCAGCAUAAUUUUACUGGAUAAACAGUUGAAUUCGCAGGAAAGUUUUACGUCCAAUUGGCGCCACUCCACAAUCGCAGUUGGUAAACUUUGGGUCCGCCCGAUGAUAAAUUGUUAAGGAACUUUUCCCAAAGAGUUUUCCUUUUCGGCAGCAAGUGGCAAUUGAAACGACAAUUUCGCAAUCAGAUAACAUUUAAGUUUCGGGAAAGUUACAAUGCCGCUCUGGUAAUCCAAAUAAAAGCCGAGCCGAGCUAAAGUAAAUAGAUUCAGUAUCCUCUGCGAUUCGAAAAGACUGCACAAUAAAUCCAAAAGGUGAGCAGAGUCACUGAUUUGAUUGGUUUAGCACACAUCCGCUACACUUAAACGAACAAAUACACUCGCCAAAAAAGUUUGACCAAACUCAGAACAUCUCGUAUGAAUCCUCGAAGAACUAGUUUUAAUGUAAGCAGCCCAGCAAUAUUGAGCUGAGAAUAAAAAACUCCCUCGUUUACCAAAAGAAUUGCAUCAGAAAAAUGCUUGUUGUGGUUUCUUUUUUUUAUGUUUCUAAAAUGUUUCUUAAAAAAGAAAUUUCUCAUAAAUACGUGUCCUAGAGAAAGCCAACUUUCUUGUUUCAUUAAAGAUCAAUCUAUCUAUAAAGUACAAAUUACUGCAUCAAAACUGCCAUCCCCUGGCCGAGGGCUAAUUGGUUGUGUCUGUCUGCACAUUGAAAAUGCUUCGUGACCGCCGCGUCCGCCAUGAUGCACUACCAAUGAGGACAGCCGGGGAGCUGCAACACGAGGCAGCAUUGCCAAAUGCGGUAAUUGGAGCGCCGACAAGUAAAUAAGCGCAAUCCCAGCGUCCAAGCGGAACUCGCCUCUGAGGCACAUCGGGCACACGCAACCUGUCACGUCCCGGCUCCAGUUUGAGUUUGGAGAAGCCCAUACAUUUGGCAAAAGGCGAACCGCACGCCAUGGUCAUGGAGGCCCUCAUGGCAGCCCUGCCCACGCUGACGACGGAGGCAGCUGGCAGCAGCCUCUGGCUCACCAGUGCGCUGUCCCUCUCCGAGAUGCUGGCCAACAGUAGCACCAGCCCCAACGAAUCUCUGGUUGCCGCCACCACCAGCUCUGCGGCCGUAGCGACGGCAUCCACAACUUCCGCAGCGGAAGCUGUGGGAAAGGUCCCAGACAAGCACGAGGUGAAUGACAAUGUAUCUACGGUACUGAGUUCAUAUCCCGGCUAUAUACACUAUCGCGACAAGUACGACCUCAGCUACAUUGCCAGAGUGAACCCGUUCUGGCUGCAAUUCGAGCCGCCGAAAUCCAGCACGUUCUACCUCAUGGCCGCCCUCUACUGCCUCAUCUCGGUGGUGGGAUGCGUGGGGAAUGCGUUCGUCAUCUUCAUGUUCGCGAACCGCAAGUCGCUGCGGACGCCGGCCAACAUUCUGGUGAUGAAUCUGGCCAUUUGCGACUUUCUAAUGCUCGUCAAGUGUCCCAUUGCAAUAUACAACAACAUCAAGGAGGGGCCGGCGCUGGGCGAUGCAGCCUGUCGCAUCUAUGGAUUUGUGGGCGGCCUCAGUGGCACCUGCGCCAUCGGGACACUAACAGCCAUUGCCCUGGAUCGGUACAAUGUCGUGGUACAUCCGCUCCAGCCCUUGCGCCGCUGCUCGCGACUUCGCUCCUAUCUGAUCAUCUUCCUCAUCUGGUCCUACAGCUUCCUCUUUGCGGUGAUGCCCGCCCUGGACAUCGGGCUUUCCGUUUACGUGCCGGAGGGAUUUCUGACCACCUGCAGCUUCGAUUAUCUGAACAAGGAGACCCCUGCGCGCAUCUUCAUGGCCCUCUUUUUUGUGGCCGCAUACUGCGUCCCCCUGACCACCAUCGUGUACUCGUACUUCUACAUCCUCAAGGUGGUGUUCACGGCGAGCCGCAUCCAGUCGAACAAGGACAAGGCCAAGACGGAGCAGAAGCUGGCAUUCAUCGUAGCUGCCAUCAUCGGCCUGUGGUUCUUGGCCUGGUCGCCCUACGCAAUCGUGGCCAUGAUGGGGGUCUUCGGCCAGGAGCGGCACAUCACGCCCCUGGGCUCCAUGAUACCGGCACUCUUCUGCAAGACAGCCGCCUGCGUGGACCCGUACUUGUAUGCCGCCACGCAUCCCCGAUUCCGCGUCGAGGUCCGCAUGCUCUUCUUUGGACGCGGCGUCCUGAGGAGGGUCUCCACCACACGAUCCUCAUACAUGACCCGCUCAAGGUCCUCGUUCAACCGACGACUGCGUCCAACCCCCGACGCGGAACACCGGGUGGAGUCCUACCUAAUGAACAACAACCUGAUGAUGGUGCCCGAGGAGACGGAGGAGAACGAGGAAAUUGUCGUUGUGGCUGAGUUUAACAACUCCUCGUACAGCGGCAUGGAGCAGAGUAAGUUCUAAAAGGUAAGAGCAAGUCGCACCACUGAAAGAGCAGAUGACGAUCUGCCAACCUGCAACUGGAAGACACAUACAUAGAUAUGAGUGGCGUUGUGGCGCAAUCUGUUUAACAUCGAAUCCUCGGAAUCCUCAGUCAUAGGGGAAAUUUGUCAUGCAUACUCGAACACACACUGGGGACCCGAAACGAAUACGCAAUGUGAAUCUCUAUGCCACAAAGAAGAGCCAACUGCUUUGUUCGGUCACUGCAAUGGAUGCCAUGCCGCCGAGGGACUCCCACAUCGCGCCCCAUAAUGAAAGCGAACGAAAAAUGAAACGGAAAUGAAAAUGGAACUGGAACUCUUGGCCAUUGUGCUGUGUGUUAUGAAAUCCCUCUUCCUUCUCAAGGAGGAGAAGCCAUAGCCAUAACGAUAGCGACAGCGAUAGCGAUAGCGACAGCGACAGCAACUGAAGAAAGUGAUAGCAAAACAAACUCGUAUUUAAUGAGCUUACGGAAUGUUUUGAGGGAAUUCGAGUACAAUAGUCGAAGUACAGCAUGUGCAAUAGGAACUGGUAAUUAUGUAAGUCUAGGGAAUUAAGUGGUAGGCAUAAGCAAAGGCAACAUUAGUACAAAGAGCGAUUCGAUUGGGAGUCGCAGAGGCCGAGCCUGUGACAGUGGGCGUAGCAGUGGCAGUGGCCAUGGCCCGCCGGGCAAUGCGAUGGAAAUACGACACAUAAUAUCAGGGAAAAUCAUUCAUUGAAUCUGGAUAAUUGGGCAAGCCGGACGCAUGUCUGGCAUUAGCAACUAGGGGAAAUUUCGGGGGACAGCGACAGGAUGAUAUUAAAAGGAUUUUCAGAUUGUUUUGUGUUCGGCCACUAUUUGAGGGGUGCACAAUCAGCCUGAUUGCGACCCAUUUCAAUUGCAUUGUGAUGGCAGCUUAGUUGUGCAUUAGAGCUUUCAAUUAUUCAAAGGAAGCCACAGAUACAUUUUCAAUUUCGCAAAGUAAAUUAAUUUAAUUGCUUUUAUGUCUUGAUGUCUACUCCUGUGGCCCCGUGUACCUUAUAGAUAUAGUGGGAUCUGAUCUGUGUGUUUGUAUGUAUAUCGUAAUCACUCUACCUAACUAAGCGAACGACUCUGAUAAAGUCAACGAGUACUUGUACCUGUCACGACGAUAGAACAUAGAAAAGGAACUAAGCAACCUAUAUAUCGAAUUUAUACCCCAUAAAUGUACUACUCUAUCUGUAUAUCACUUUUUUUUUGUAUGUAUGUAUGUAUGUAUGUGUGUAAGAAUAUGUACUAUGUCCAUGUAUUUAGGGACACUACAAUUACAAUGGGCCGGAGAACAAUGACGGAACAGAAGAUGAACCAGUCGCCAAGCAUUUUAAUUACGAGAAUACAAAUUUAAGCCAUUGUUGGGCAAACCUGUGUACUGUUUCCUUCGAAAUGGCGGAGAACAAUAGGCACGGACACAAGCACGGAUACAGUGGCACUGGCACGGGCACCGGCACGGCCACGGGCACGGGCAUGGGCUCAGGUCCAGCAACUCGUACCGUGUUGGUUGUAAUGGUCCUCAAAACAGAAUUGCAGAGAGUACCUGGCCAACAACGUGAAAGGGAAACAGAGCAAAGGGAAAACAAUUUAAUUAGCAUAUUUAAAAUGCACUUUGACAGCAGUUUAUUUUUGUGUGUGCAAGCGCUUGUAUCCAAAUUAGUUCAAUUCCGUAAUUGUUUAAUAAACAUGUUUUGUAUUUACGGCAAUGUUGAACCAAAGAACCUUCAAUAAAUGUGUGCAAAAUGUUGUAA